AUGGCGGCGGGCGGUAGGGUUUCAAUCCCGGCAGGGGCGCGGCGCACGGUCGCGGACAUCAUGGAGAUCGCCGGCGGCCACACCGACGAGGAGAUCUACGCCAUGCUCCGCGAGUGCAACAUGGAUCCCAACGAGACCGCUCAAAGGCUCCUCCUCGAAGAUACCUUUCAUGAGGUGAAAAGGAAGCGUGACAAGAAAAAGGAGGGUAGUAAAGAGCCAUUGGAUUCUCGGUGGAGACCUGCCGUGCAGGGGCGAGGUGGAAAGAGUGGUCGAGGGAACUAUUCUUCACGUAGUUUGUCCAGCUCUAAUGAUUCUGCUGGACGAAGUGCUAUUUCUGGAAAGGAGAAUGGAAUAAGUCUGAUCACGGGAAAAGGUAGUGGUUCUACUCCGAUAAUCAAUGUGAAUAUGGAUGUCAAAGCUUCCACUUUCAUGCCAAGUUUGUUGAGUGGUCUUCGCAACGGUCCAUAUCAACCAGUUGAUUCUGCUGCUGUGCUGGUGACAAGUUCUAGUGCUGUUGGUGAUAAGUCUGGUUCAACAGCCUUGGCUGAUCUGACAGGUGGUCUUCCGUUCGAAGAUGUAGUCACUACUAUAAGUCCAAAUUCACUGCAACCCUUGAAACCAGCACCACCGUCAGAUCCUGUGGUUGUGUCUUUUCUCGACUCUCACAGCCUUGGUGAUGUUGGUGCUUCCAGACAAACUAUUGGAAUCAAGAAGGCAUCAGUAGAACAUAAGGUGGGGCGUGAUGUACCAACAGACAAAGGCUCCUCUGAACAAUCUGUGCCAUCUUCAUUUGGACGAUCCUCUGCUAGUAGACCAUCUUCCAGCUACAACAGUCGUUCACAACAAUCCCAAAGAGUUAUUCCAAGUAAAGCAUGGAAAUCUAAACUGACUUGCUCGGCUGCUUCUCAAGCAACCGGGGAUGUUACCAUACAUGAUAAUGCACCUUUGGCUGCUGACAUUAUUCCCCAGUCAGCUCCAGUAUCAAAUUCAGCUGGUACAGAGGAUCCGUUGAAGGUGGACAAAUAUUUCAAUGAUCUACAGUUAUCAGAUAAGCAACAUGUGAUAAUUCCAGAUCACCUUCAAGUUUCUGAGUCUGAAAAGUAUGGUCUAAGCUUUGGAAGCUUCGACGUCAGUUUUCAGCAAACUAUGGGUUCUUCAGAUCCUGAGUGUGUGAAGAGCUCUUUACCGAAAUUCAAUUCAUCUCAUGAAUUGAAUGGCAGUAUUGAUGAGCCUCAAUCAAUGCAAAGAGAUCAGAAUUCAACUUCUACUGUCCAAGAGGAAGCUGGCCUUGUUCCUCAACCUUCUGCAAAGCUAGAAAAUUGUGCACCCUCAGCAAUGGAGAUUUCAUCUAUUGCCCCUAUGGAACCCAAAGAAUGUGAGGACGAUUCAGCCACUUCAGAGGAUCCCCAAUCUACAGCAAUUCGUAGCGCACCAUCUUAUUUGACAUAUGGAUUUAUACCACAAUCACAUGUGAAUCAGAUUGAGAAGUCCGAAUCUCAUUCUCAGUCAAAACAAACAGUUGAUUUUUCUACAAGUUAUUGUACACAGUCGUACCAUCCCGCAACUGAUGCUGAUGAACGGCUGACCCCUUCUCUUACUGCUCAAGCUGCCCACAAGUAUGGGAGUAUCCCAGUUGUUCCCGCACAAACUGGCCAGGAUCAAGAGGGGAAUGACUCACCUGUGAUUGUUUCAUCUGUUUCUGCUUCGGUUGCUACCCCUGCUGCUGGAGUUCUGUCGGCUUCAGUUGCUAUCCCUCAGCAGCCUGUUCCUGUAUUUCGCCAGCCUUUUGGUGUUCAUAUACCACAUCUCCCGACCAAUUAUGUCCCAUACAAUCAGUACAUUUCACCAUUUUUUAUUCCACCCCCUACUCUUCACCCUUUUAUGGGUAAUGCUACAUUUGCUCAGACACCUUCAACAGGGGCCAUGUACCCAACUCCUGGAAGCGCAGGAGUUCUACCACCUGUCAAAUACUCCGUUCCUUCAUUCAAGCCUGGUGCUAACAUUGGGAGCCAGGCAUCUAUUGGAGUUCCUGGUGGCCAUGGAACAUAUGGUUCUAGUCCAUCAGUUUACACUAAUAACGCACCUGUGUCAUCUGGAAAUCUAGCAGAAAAUGACAAUGUUACUUCAUCUCAGUUCAAGGAAAAUAGCAUCUAUAUUGCUGGGCUCCAGACCGAUGGCUUGACUCUGUGGGUUCCUACACCUGGACGUGAUAUUUCUGCUCUUCAGGUCAAUUCCUUCUAUGGUAUCCCCCCUCAGGGACAGCAGGUAACAUAUGCGCCUCAGGCUGGUCAUGUUCCUUAUGGAGGGAUCUACCACCCAGCACAUUCUGUGGCAGGAGCUGCUGUUCAUCCGCUGCUCCAGCCAUCUCACACCAUGGCUGGAGCUGUUGAAAUAGUUGGGGCACCUGGUGUUUACCAGCAUCCCCAAGCUCAGAUAAAUUGGGGAAGUUACUGA